AUGGCAGAAGGCGAGCCCUCCUACAUCGACUAUGAGGCGUUCCUAGAUCCCGAGUUCUCUCCGGCUGGCUUUGCCAAUACGCUCGUGCUGAGCACCAACAAUGCUACAGACACGCCACUCGACCUCUCCACUCCCCUAUCGCGAGUUCUCUUCGAUCUACAGGAAAUCGAUACCCAUAUCCACGCCCUCACAACCAAGUCCGCACUGCCCCUAUUAUCACACACGCAGGGCCAGACCGAAGCGGCAGAACAUAUCUUGCAAGAGGCCGGCUCGCAAAUUCAUUCUGUGACCCAAGGGUACGAGCGAUUGGAGAAGGAGGUGGUGCACAAGUGGAAGGCGGCAGACGAGGCGCGCAUUGCCGCUGAGAACUCCCUCGCUACGGUCCGGCUGGCACGGGCUGUGGCGCGUUGCCUCACGUUAGGUCGGCAAUUGGAGAGCCAGCUCGCGGAUAUCACUGGCAGGGGCACGGGGCAGACACCAACCACGGGGCCUGGCGGGGCCGCAGCCGGGCAAGAGGGAUUUCGGGCAGUGGAACGAGCGGCCUAUACGAUCUUGAACCUGCGUCAAAUGCUCUCGGCUGCGACAGAAGAUGAUGAGGGAUAUGGAUUGGAGCGCGUGAGGAUUAUGCGGACGCUGCGCAAUGAAUUUGUGAUCCCGGCAGAGAACAUGGUCAAGGCACGGGCGCAGCAGACUAUCAACCGGUUCUCAUUGACGAGUCCCAUGGCCCCAUCCAAUGGCCCGUCGGUGCCAUCAAGCUACAAACAAGCUCGUGAUGCACGGGUACGCCUGGGCACGGCUGCUGCCACUCUCUACCUCCUCUCCCCCAUACCGAAGGGCGGCGUCACGGUCACCGACUACAAGCCCGAGCUUCUGCUCUCCACCCUGCAAGGCUACAUGCAUACCGCGAUCAUGACUUCCGUGAAUAGCCUGGCAAAAGCACUAUCCCAGCUCCCCACGAUGGACCGCACACUCGGCGAGGUUUCUGCCCGAUGUCAAGAUAUCGUCGCUCUGGAGUCCAUCCUCCGGAACCUGCGGCCACCAACACACCCUCUCUUGGAAUCGCCAAGCGCCGAUCCACCCACGGCGGAUUUGAAGAUUACCGCAGGGCCCAACAAGACCAACCUCCUCCAGCCCCUUCUCCUUGCCCUUGACACCUCAUCCCUACCUUCAUACUAUUGGCGCUCGCUUGCGUCAGCCCUCACGUCGCGCGUACAGGAUAUCGUUAGCCGGGGCGGCGUCUCUGCCCGUACAUUGAGAUCCAAUCGCGAUCGACUCAAGGCUGAGAUCAGGGAGUGCGUGAUGCGGGCCUCACAGGUGUCCGUAGCCAACCUCUUGGCCGAGAAAGGCCGGCCUGGCACCGAUACUGUCAGUGCGGGCUGGGAGCGCGUGAUGCGGGCCUCACAGGUGUCCGUAGCCAACCUCUUGGCCGAGAAAGGCCGGCCUGGCACCGAUACUGUCAGUGCGGGCUGGGAGCGCGAAGCUGCCGUGAUGGUGAGCUCGAUUGUCGGGCCGCUGGGCCGGUGA